AUGGAGGUUAGAAAUUUCUUCUUUAUACUCCUUUCCUACUUUGUACUUUUACUGCCCCUUUGUUAUUCUGCAAAACCCUCGUUAGACUCAAAAGUUGCCCUUCUUAACCAAGCUUCAAGUCAAAAUUUGGGUGUAGUAGAACUUGAUUCAAAUUUAUACGAUGAAUUCGUUGCUAAGCCUAGGAAUUAUUCUAUGGCUAUAUUACUGACAGCCUUAGAUCCACAAAUUAAUUGUAUACCGUGCAAAGAGUUUGAUCCUGAAUUUCGAUUAGUCGCAAGGAGCUGGUUAGAAGCCGGGAACGAACCUUCUCGCUUGUACUUUGGAGUUUUAGAUUUUAAAAAUGGUCGAGAAGUUUAUGCCAAACUCGGUUUGAAUAAUGCUCCUACUUUGUUCUAUUUUUCACCAACCACUGGUCCAUAUGCUAAAGAUGUUUCUGAACCUUAUAAAUACGAAUUUAAUAGACAUGGUUUUUCUGCCGAACAAUUCGCGUCCUAUUUAUCGGGUAUUUUGGGCAUUCAAGUCCCGGUCAAACGACCUCUGAAUUACUUUGGUAUAUUUAUUACAACAAUCUUAAUACUUGGGGCGAUUGCUUCUUUAAAGCUAAUGUAUCCUAUGAUGGAAAGUGUCAUACGAAGCAAGAAUACCUGGGCUGCGAUAUCAUUGGUUGUAAUACUUAUGAUGAUUUCUGGACAUAUGUGGAACCACAUUCGUGGUCCUCCAUACGUAUAUUAUCAUAAUUCGCAACUGUAG